UUCUCGUGUAGUAUGUCGAAAAGGCCCGUGUCAAGCAUGAGUUCGCAGGAGGGGGAGGAGGAGGCCAGCAGCACCUCUGCUAUUGAGCAACAACAACAACACAAGAAGGCUAAGGUGUCCCAUCAGGAGAAGGAAGAGGACGUCUUACACGGCCUCAAGAAGGGCAUGGAAAUUUUGGUCAGGUGGGAGCUGAUUGAUGACGAGGUUGAUUCUGACGAUCCUGAUGCUGUAUCGCGAGUAUGGUGGCCUGCAACGGUGGAGAGCAUCACAGCUGAUACAGGUGAUGCUAACCUGAGCUAUACGGGUCACGGAGCUGAAUUCCCGGCAGAGACUGCCAAGGUUAGAGUGGAGCCAGACCAUACGCUGCGGGACAGCAAAGGGGUACCGCAGGAGUGGAAAGACGUCCCACCGUAUAAGCCAGGGGAGGAAAUGGGGGGUGAUGUCACAUGCCCUAGGGGGCAUGCCUCGAGACUGUUGACUUGGGCAGCUAGAAGUGAAACGUUGAAGGCUGCUGGUGGCAAAGAUGAUGAGCCGUUGAUAUGCGAUGUGUGCCUCACCAUAAGCAGUGACCCUUCACAAGUCAUUACACACUGCACAGACUGUGAGGACUGGGAGGCUUGUCGGUACUGUAUUGCAGCGUGGAGACGGACGGGGGAAUGGCCGCUGGACGGAGACGUUGAAAAACAACAAGCUGAGGAGACUUCGAUGGAAAUCGCUGAACUCAUGGAGAUUGUUGGCAGCGAGAUGACUCCGGAAGCAGUACACGUGGCAGCCCGAGAGGAGUUCGGAGAGCUCCCAACCUACCAACAGCAAAUCCUGGCGACUGGAUUCAGAACAUUCAUCGACACAUUCAAGGCAGAGUUGAGGAAGUUCAGCGCGACCAACACUGUACGAAUUAUCACUGAAGAUGAUAUGAAGAUUAUACUGAAUCGAUGUCGAGACUGUUUAAAAUCCGCUAUGGCUCUACCUGAUGGGAUGAAUUGAUAAUAUCACUAAUGGUGAUUCACCAUUGCUCUUGCAGCUGUAUUUUAAUAUGUGAUACGUAUUUCGCUCCGCUCCAAUGAAGUUGCUGCAUCACUGAACAUUGUCGCUGAGAAUGGGUUUCAAUGCU